AUGGAUAUCAUCGGCGAUGAAUAUGAUAAGGUUGUGGGACGUCUUCACGAUUGUACAACCGAAGCGGAGAGUUUUAAGAUCACUACGGGACAUCUGUCUUCGGAAUCUCCACAGCUGAUACGUCAAUGUGGAGCUGCAAUGGCCGCAGGCAAAACCACAAACUCACGUACGAGCUCGCAACUAUCGUCCAAUCUACUUACUGCUGUCUGCUCAUCUACAAGCUCCUCACGAGAGUAA